GCUACGUGCGAGAGAGGGCUAGGCGCUCUCGUUCCUAGCGAAUACUGGGAUGUGCCUGUGCGCGGGUGUUUCUCGAGUGCGCGAGUGGAUCAGGAGAGCGUAAACGUGUGCCGGAUGCCAGGGCGACGAACUCGGGCCAGAGCGGACAACUGCUGCCAGGCCUCUAAAUCAGAACAGUUAAUCGGCGACCUGCUUUCCACAUAGACCAGACGCUCCUACAGGAACACGCAGAAAUCAUGCUCCAGAAAGCAAUUCUGUGGCCUGCCUGCUUUUUUCUGCAUGUGUGUAUUACACACAUUGAAGUAAGUGAUGCACUUCCUCAGUAUGGUGUUGGAGUUAAACCAUGUGGUGAGAUUAAGUGCAGUUUGUUUGAAUUUUGUGCUGCUAACCAUUCUCCCCACUGUCGGGAAUGUUCCGAGGUAUGUGCAGAAAAAGGACCUGCAACGGACCAUCAAACAUGCAGUGAGAAAUGUCAAGAGUACGUUUAUGAAAAGAAAUUUGAAGACUGGUACAAGAGGGUUGAUUCUGAUAUGAGCAGCUUGCGUAAGCUGUCACUCAUUGCUGUUGUGUUAGCAACAGCUGCAUUAUUAUUCAUUGGCUUCUUUCUACUGGUUCAUCUGAAUACUCGACUGAAACCUCUCCUCUUUGGCUUAUCAGUUACCAAAAAGAAGGCUUCUAGUACUGCAGCUGUCAUAAAUAGUGACAAAAACCAUGCUUCAUCCUCAGCCGCAAACUCCAAUCUCCGUUUGAUGGUACCAAAACCAGAUGAGCAAACAACAAUUACUGAUUUGCCAUCAGCAGGUGCAACUACUACAACUACUUUUGGGACAACCAGUAUUCCCUCUACACCUUACUGUGGCAAAAAUGGUGCUAUAACACCAGCUACAAUGUCUACACCACUCAGCACGAGACCUCCAAGGCAUCCCUCUGAAGAUGCAACACUAGAACAUGCUUAUGAUAACCAUGGACUUUCACGUUCUUCUGAGAAUGUCCUUGAUGAAUCUGUCUCACCAAAUGUGAGCAGAGCAAAAGAAAGUUCAUUUUAAAAGUGUUGGAGGUGCCAAGCAAUAGUUAAUUGUGAUUUUGAUCAUUGUACUCCAGUAGUGUGUGGAAUUCUGAUUCACAGUCACAUGAACUUACUGAAUGGCACAGACAUGUAUCAAAUCAGUAUCUAUUCCUAAGGUAGUACUUGUAGUUCAUACAGACUAUCAAGCUAAUAACUAAUUUCAGAGUCUGAUGUAUUUUAAAUGCAAGACCAGUUUAUUUUACUUCCUAAAGGCAACUGAAAUUUAUUAGUUUGAUGAAAAAGCAUAUUUUUCCAAAAGUAUUGUGAUAAUAGUAGCAGUAAAAGGGUAUCAGGUAUGUUUGCCUAAAUCAUAUACACUUCUGAAAUAUUACAUUGUCUGAGUGUAAUGGCAUGGUUACAUACUGAACUGGAUCUGCUUAUGAAGAUAGUGUGACUUGUGUGGUGUUAUCAUUUCUGUAAAUGAGUCAUAUUGCCCUUUGAGAUUGUUUGACAGUAUGGUGUAAACUGUGUGGGUGUUUAUGGCUUGUAAUUAUUGGCAUGUUACAGGGAAAAAUGAAGAAUGGUUUAUGUAUAUCAAUAAUAGUAACAAUAUCACCAUUUGACUUUAGAAUAGGAUUAAAUUUUACUGUGCAUACUGCUAAGCUACUUGGUCCAUUUUUUCAUAUUUGUGUAUCAUGUAGUUCACAACUGUAGAGGAAACUGCUGUUAUAUAGGUACAUAAGGUAUAAAAUGUUACAGAGUAAAUACAGAAGUUCCAUGGUAACUUUAUGACGAGUAAACAAUCUAUUCAUGGUGAAGUUAGCACAGAACUUCUCUAGAAAAGUGUUUUCCUGUUGCUCUGCUUGCUCAACAGUUUUCCUAAACCUCAGUGGUUCAUAUCUUUCAGCAGCCUGUUCUACCUUGAAACUCUCAGAUUUCCCUUCUUCUUAUGUUAUUUUCCAAACUAUGGAGGAUUUAGUGUGUUUUCUAAGACACCAUACUGCAUCUCACAGCAUUCUUUGCAGUACAGGCUAUUGUUAUGAUGAGGUAACCAGUCCCAAAAGAUUUUUAAAGCCACUGCACCCCCCCCCUCCCCCCACC